AUGAGUUUUCAUGAUGAUUCGCAUAUUUUAUCGCAGCUUGGAAUUCUUGAUUCAAACGAGAGAAGCCCGAAGCGCGAUUCGCAAGAGGGUGCUGGCGCCAACGAGAAGCAGAAGUUUGUUGACGUGAGAUUGAAUCCCGGGGAGUCGGAUUCGGAUGAGGAUAGUGACACGCUAUUCGACAGAAAUAAUUUGCUGUCGGCGAGACGUCAGAAUUCGUCAUUGCUUCGUCGCGGGUCUGAAAAUAUCACAAUGCGUUAUAUUAUCACAUGUCUUCUAUUUAUAGCAGCUGGUAUGGUUAGUCUACCGGGAACUUUUUCGUCAUGCUCCGCACAACAUACAGUUCUUUCGUGUUUUUGGAUAUGUGCUGGAAUGCUGUUCGGCUCAUAUUCGGCCAAAUUUUCUGCGUUUCGCGGCAAUCUUCAAGUAUUCCUCAUCAUUUCUCUUGCCAUUCUCAUCAUUAACACAUAUCUAAUCUUCAACGCGUCGCUGUUCUUCGCAGCACGCGGCGUUUUCAUCGGAAAUGUGCUCUAUGGCGGUGCUCUAUCGUGGUUCGGAAUCUGGCGAAAGCAGCCGAGAAAAAUUCUAAUGCUCAUUUUGCUCUUCUCAAUGGGUAGUAUGGUGGCAAUGAUAAUUCAUUCUUCGAGUUUUCCAGAAGCCACUUCGAACAUCGCUGAUAUGGGCUUGGUGUCUCGUUCGAUUCAGGCGCACCGAUUCAAACGCGACAACGACGAGAAGGAGCUUUUGCCAUUUGCGGCUGCCGAGAAUGUCACUGAAGUUUCUAAUACGACGGAAACGAUAAACAUUAAGAAGCCCGAAGUUGCCACAGGGAAUGUGCAGAAGGUGAAGACGAAGACUGAGGAGAAUGCUGAGAAGGAAUUGGAGAUUGUCGAAAAGCUGAAGACAGUGAUGGCUAAUACGACGACGAGUACAACCACAACGACGAGUUCUACAACGACGACGACUACUACAACUACCACUAGCACCACCACCACUACUACUACAACAACUCUACCUCCAAUAACGACUACGAGUGUUGUGUACCCGAUUGACGUGAAGACUAGGCAAACAGAGACGAAUAGAGUUUUGCCAUCUUCGGAUGCUUCUGACUGUCCUUCUGCGGACAUCCUACUUUCCGGUUCGACGAAAAUCCUUGAGGAUUCGAGUGAAGCGAUUGUCAAGACGUUUUCGAUUUGCGUUUUUGGUCUUUUCACGAUUUGUUUCGCUUUUUGCUGUUUUCCGUGCACGGUUCGAAUUGAUUCCAAAAUCAAAAAGCUUGAAAAUGACUCAACGGUUGGAUUGAGAAUGCGACUUCGAUUGACGAUUGCGGCGAUUCAGACGAUUUUGGGAUUUUUGCAACUGUUUGGUGAGAAGACUCAAGAAACCAUUCAAUCGGAUCAUAUUAUACUCUGCGUUUCGACGGUUGCUUCAUCGAUCGUCCUAGUGGGAAUGUGUGAACGCAGCGGCACCAUUUUCGCGAUGUUUUCCUCAUUUGCUGUGCUCGCCAUCGGCGAGCUCUGGAUUUUUGUCAACGCCUCAUCCAUUUUUGGAUUGUCGCUGGCUGUUGUUGGAACCCAUACCCUAUGGAUCACUAUAUUCUUAACUAUCGAGAUUUUCCUCCAAAUCCGCUCAACCGUCCAAUUGGCGUAUUUUUUGAUCGCUUGGAUCACUGGCAGAAUUCUCGCGUGCUUCUUCGCCAUGGAAUCGUCGCUGAUGAAUGUUGAGAAGACGAUGAUGUUCCUGGUGACGACGUCGGCCGGAAUUCUGCUAUUGAAUGCCUCAAGGCAUUUGCUGAAGGCGAAACGACUCAAAGAGAUUCUCGACAAUUCGUCGGCACCGAUUCCUAAUGGCGCAUCGAGAGGCGAAGGCGAAUAUAUAUCAUUGACGGCGCAGGAUUUGGAAGAGGAUGAAGAUUUUGACGAGGAUGUUGAGACUGAUCGUAACUCAAUGGAUUUGGACUAUGAGCUGGAGCAGCUUGGACUUGAGCCCGUCGGAGCUGGAUCGAGUAGAGCUUAA